AUGGAGGACAUUGAGGCGGAUGACAAGAGCCACAUGAGGAGCUCAGUGACGUCUUUACCAGAGAGCUAUAGCACCGUCAACUGGAACGAAAUUCAUGAUGACGGUGUGAGCAAAGUCCAUCAACGCACCCACACUGGAGAGAGGCCAUACAGCUGUGGCCAGUGUGAGAAGAGUUUCACCAGAAAAGGUCAUCUGACAGUCCAUCAACGGACCCACACUGGAGAAAGGCCAUACAGCUGUGGCCAGUGUGAGAAGAGUUUCAUCACAAAACGCGACCUGACAGUCCAUCAACGGACCCACACUGGAGAAAGGCCAUACAGCUGUGGCCAGUGUGAGAAGAGUUUCAUCACAAAACGCGACCUGACAGUCCAUCAACGGACCCACACUGGAGAAAGGCCAUACAGCUGUGGCCAGUGUGAGAAGAGUUUCAUCACAAAACGCGACCUGACAGUCCAUCAACGGACCCACACUGGAGAAAGGCCAUACAGCUGUGGCCAGUGUGAGAAGAGUUUCACCAGAAAAAGUCACCUGACAGUACAUCAAUGCAUCCACACUGGAGAAAGGCCAUACAGCUGUGGCCAGUGUGAAAAGAGUUUCAUCACGAAAAGCGACCUGACAGUCCAUCAAUGGACCCACACUGGAGAAAGGCCAUACAGCUGUGGCCAGUGUGAGAAGAGUUUCAUCAGAAAAAGUCACCUGACAGUCCAUCAACGCAUCCACACUGGAGAAAGGCCAUACAGCUGUGGCCGGUGUGAGAAGAGUUUCAUCACAAAAAGAGACUUGACAGUCCAUCAAUGGACCCACACUGGAGAGAGGCCAUACAGCUGUGGCCAGUGUGAAAAGAGUUUCACCAGAAAACGUUGCCUGAGAGUCCAUGAACGCAUCCACACUGGAGAGAGACCAUAAAGCUGUGGCCAGUGUGAGAAGAGUUUCAUCAGAAAAAGUGACCUGACAGUCCAUCAGUGGACCCACACUGGAGAGAGACCAUACAGCUGUGGCCAGUGUGAGAAGAGUUUCACCAGAAAAAGUUGCCUGACAGUCCAUCAACUCUUCCACACUGGAGAAAGGCCAUACAGCUGUGGCCAGUGUGGAAAGAGUCUUGUUCAAUUGGUACACCAGGUAUUCCAUUAGUAUGACUGCAGAA